GCGUGCCGAGCAAGGGAGUGAGCGAGCGAGCGAGAGCGAAAGGGCAGAGUGAAAGGGGGGAGAUAAGCAGAGAGAGCAGCAUCUCUUGAGCGCAUUCAGCUCACAGCAGCUCAGGAGGCAGGACGGCAGAGCAGAGGGGGGAAAGCACCUGCACCUCACCGAAGGGGGCGACACCACACCUCUCUCUCUUGGACACACACUCUCUCACGCGUCACACAAACGCAUUUGUGAGGAGGCGUGAGGCUCAGGAGGAGGAACAUCACAUGCACGCACGCUGUUUUGCUGGCUAAGCUGCGCUUUGGAGAGCGGUCUCUUGAAGACUGGACCAGAGCUGUAUCCAUUGCUUCAUACAUCCUUUUCCUUCCUUCCUUCUCUCCAUUCCUCCAACUCAGAAGUAGCUCUCCGUCACGCACCCGUCGAUCAUUCGGACUGAUUUGCCCUCUGUCAUUCAUCUAACCUCUGAUCAGUGUGUCUCUCUGUGACCACCUCUGCUUUCACUCCAUUCAAAAAGAAAAAUACUUGGAGAGCAACUAACCGACCAACCUUUCGACCGCAAUCAUGAACUUCCUCCGACGCCGUCUCUCUGACAGCAGCUUCAUGUCCAACCUGCCCAACGGCUACAUGACAGACCUCCAGAGGCCUGACCCACCUGCUCCUCCUCCCCCCACCGCCACCUCGCCUUCCCAGCAAGGUGCACCCCCAGCAACGGCGUCCGCUCCUGCCCUGUCUCCGACCAAAGCUCCAGCACCGGCCCAGGCUCCCGCCAGCUCCCCCGCGGCACAGGAGCGGCGUCUGAACCAGCCGGCUCAGCAGCCUCAGCAGGCCCAGUCCUCCUCCUCUUCUGGCGGUUCCUCGGGCUUCUUCAGCUCCUUCAGCUCCAUCACCAACGUGGUCAAACAGACGGCUGCGUCCGCCGCCGGGUUUGUGGAGCAAUCAGCUCCGUCUCCCUCACUUUCCAAGAAGUUCAAGAUCCUGUUGGUCAUUGAUGAGCCCCAGCAUGAGUGGGCCAAAGUGUUUAGGGGAAAAAAGGUCCUUGGAGACUACGACAUCAAAGUGGAGCAGGCUGAGUUCUCAGAGGUCAACCUCGUCUCACAUUCAAAUGGAACCUGUAAUGUCGACAUGCAGGUCAUGAGGAGCGGGACCAAAGUGGUCAGGUCUUUCAGGCCCGACUUUGUCUUGGUGCGCCAGCACGCCUUCAGCAUGGCCCAGAACGAGGAUUUUAGGAACUUGAUCAUUGGUCUGCAGUAUGCUGGCGUCCCCUCAGUCAACUCUCUGGAGUCCAUCUACAACCUCUGUGACAAACCUUGGGCUUUUUCCCAGCUGAUCAAUAAUCAGAAGCGGUUGGGUUCAGAUAAGAUCCCUCUCAUUGAUCAGACUUUCUACCCCAACUACAAAGACAUGAUUACAACACCGAGUUUCCCAGUAGUGGUGAAGAUCGGACACGCCCACUCUGGCAUGGGGAAGGUCAAAGUGGACAAUGUGAGUGACUUCCAGGACAUUGCGAGUGUAGUGGCCAUCACUCAGACCUAUUGCACCACAGAGCCAUUUAUAGACGCCAAGUACGACAUCAGGGUCCAGAAGAUUGGAGCGGACUACAAAGCAUACAUGCGAACAUCCAUCUCUGGUAAUUGGAAGAGCAACACCGGAUCUGCCAUGUUGGAACAAGUAGCCAUGACUGACAAGUAUAAGCUGUGGGUUGAUACCUGCUCAGACAUCUUCGGAGGGUUGGAUAUCUGUGCCGUCAAAGCCAUCUGUGGCAAGGAUGGUAACGACUACAUCACUGAGGUUGUGGGUUCAUCUAUGCAGCUGAUUGGUGAUCACCAGGCCGAGGACCGCCAGCUCAUCUCGGAGGUGGUGCUGGCUAAGAUGAACCAGGUUCUGUCAACCAGGUCAUCUAGUGCUUCUCGUUCACCUGCUCGCUCCCCUCAAGGCCAGAAGCCAACUACUGUGCAGCCCCAACAGAGUGCUGCUCUUAAGGAAGGACUGGCAGAUCCAAACAGGACCUCGGGCCAGCGCCCUCAGCCUCAAGGUGCACCAGUGAAAUCACAGAGUGUGGAUACAUCAUCAGAGUCAGCCAAGAGGGCAUCUGAACCAGUACCAAAGCCCAGCCAGGCCCAGAAACCUGGUCCAGGUCCAGCUCAGAAACCAACUCAGGCUCAGAAGGGCCCGGUCCAGAGGGCCGCCUCGGUCACAAAGCCUCCAGUGCCAAGGCCUCCCCCGAUGACGAGAGCCCCGUCUGUUGCAAAGUCAGCCCCAGAUUCCACCCCAGCCCCGGCCAAAGCUUCACCAUCAUCCCCAGCUAAAGCCGCAGCAGCCGCAGCAGCUCCAGGCUCUCCCCCAACCAAAGCAGCAGCCCCAGCCUCGGCUCCGGCCCCGGCCUCUCCCUCAGCCUCAGCUCCGACCACAGAGCAGCCCAAGCCCCAGCCUCAGGGCUCCCCGUCCCCAUCCCCUGGCAAACCAAAGGAGCUGCCCCCCAAACCCACACCACCUGCAAAGCCCAUCCCUCCUGUGCGCAGGAAUUCAAAGCCCCAGCUCCAGCCAAAGCCACAAACCCCACCUCCUCCCAAAGCUUCACCCAAACCCCAGCCCGCCGCCCAGGCCCCAGCACCCACUCAGGCCGCAGAUGAUGCCUCAGCCCCCGCCCCAGCACAGGUCCAGUCCCCAGCCAAAGCCAGCCAGUCCCCGACUAACGUGCAGUCUCCUGCCAAGGCUCAGCCCCAAGCCAAGCCGCCCUCUCCAUCCCAAAACCCCGAGCCCGUCCCAGAUGAAGCAGCCGCGGCCCCCGCUGAGGGAGAGGCCCCUGUGGAAGAACAGCCAGGAUCCCAGCAAAAGACCCAUCCUCUGCUGAAUAAGUCCCAGUCCCUGACCAAUGCCUUCAACGCCUUCAGCGACUCCUCUUUCUUCCGCGGGGUCUCGAGCUCCGGAGGCGACGGCCAAGACGAGGCAAAGGCCGAGACCAUUCGCAACCUCCGAAAGUCCUUCGCCAGCCUUUUUUCUGACUAGACAAAGCCGAACCGUAGUCAGCCCCUUAUUGAUUCUGGCCCCUUCCUUUUACCGUUGGCCAGUGAUGACUUGAUUGACAUUAAAUGUGAACCAGUCUGAGAUUAAACUUUGUGUGUUAACUGUACUGUUUUCCCUCUGUCCCGGUCCCUCUCCUCCUCCACUUUCAGCUUCUCUGUGUUAGUAACAGUGAGGUCUGCUGGGAAGGAUAUGAAGUGAAUGAUGCUGUGCCAGAGUAAUUGGACUGAAGGAGUUACGUCAUUGAUAUAGAAUAGAAUAACAAAAUAUUUAUUUUUCCCAGA